AAGAAAAUAGAAACUAAUAGAAUAGCACCAAAUUGAAUCGUUAUGAUGAUGACUGAAAAAAAAUAUAUCACAGCUGAUGCUCGAUCGCAUCUCCAAAGGAAUAAACGAGAAAGUUGAAAAAUUUGGAGUGUUCAGACAAGCGAUUUUCAAUUUCGCAUACGAGUACAAGCUCAAAUGGACGAAACGUGGCUAUAUGAGACACCUUUGUUCAAUUAUUACAUUUUCCUCGUUAUUUCGCCUCGUUAUUGUCACGCAGGGAUACGGUCUCACGGAAACGUGCUCAGGAGCCACAGUUAUGGACAGUAAGCAUAAAAUCUGUUGUAUAUUCUUAAAUUAUAUAUUUAAUAAAUAAUCGAUAAAAUAAAAGAAAUAAUAUACGUUUUGAGAAAAAUUUACACAGUUUUCCUACCGAUGCAGCUUAAGUUGCUAAAUCUAUCAACUGUGUUUUACCAUUUAUAAUCCUAUUCGAAGCUUUGUCUUCGAAAUAUAACUUAUAUAAAAACAUUUUUUAUUAUUAGUGUACAAUAGAAGCACAGAAAGAGUCGGAGUUCCUACGGUUAUCUGUGACAUAAGAGUGGAAAAUUAGGAAGAAAGGGAAUUACAGAGUAACGCAUACACCUAACCCGAGAGGCUGGUUUUACAAACUUCCGGACCAAACAAAAGAGAACUUCUUUGAGGAGAAUGGCAGAUAAUGGUUCAGAACAGGCGACAUUGGGGAAUUGCAUCCGGAUGGAAGCAUGACGAUUAUCGAUCAAAAGAAGGAUUUAGUCAAAUUGCUAUUGGGAGAGUGCGUAUCACUCGGUAAUAUCGAAGCUGAAUUGGAGACUUGUCCCGCCGUGGAAAAUAUCUGCGUCUAUGGAAACGCUUUCAAGGUGUACACAGUUGCUCUUGUCGUACCGAGUCCUUGCAGCCUUGAAGAAAUUGCAGCUAAUCUUAAUAGAUUACAACGAAGAAUCUUGAAGAAUUGUGCGUUCCGUAUAAAUCAAAUUUUCGAAUGGAUGAGGUAAACUACAGAGAUUCGAAAUCCCGGAAGUUGUGAAGCUCUGUCCAGAGCAGUGGUCACCGGACAUGGAUCUGGUAACGACUACUUUCAAACUGAAACGAAAAGCUGUCCAAGAGCGUUAUCAGCACGAAAUAAAUCGGAUGUACGCCUCUUGAUGUUACGGCAAAAAAUGCGCAAAGUGUAACGUCCAGCGUAUACGCAAACGUAGUAAUUUGGAAGUUCGACGUCGCGGAGGAGAAAAAGAAAAAAAGAUCAACAAACAUAACGCCAGUCGACGCAUAGAUCUCUCAGCGUGUCCUGAAUAAGCAAUGUUGAAAUUCAUAAACAUCGGCGAUACUUAUGACAAACGAAAAUACGCGAUCGCCCUCGAUUCACUUGGUACCGUGGAUGUGUACGUGUGUAUGUGUCCUUUAUGUAUUCGAACUGUUUGCGUAGAUUGGGAUUGUCGAAAAUAUAUCGGUUAUCAAGCCAUUAUAGAUAGCGCGUACAUGAUUGUGAUUAAACUCUUUUUUAUUCAACGUUUCGGUACAACCAACGUUUUUUUUUCUUUUGUGAAUUUCUGUCAAUACGUACAAUUGUCAUUCGAAGUCGCACAAAACAAAAUGUUUUCCUUUGGCCUUCAGACAAUUUCCAAAGUCGAUUGAGUUUAUUCCUUAAAUGAACUACUGAUUCAGUCGCACAAAUUUGCGUAAUUCAAUUUCGCGAUCGGGUAUAUUCCUAUCAAUCUCUCUGUAUCCAUCGGAAACAUUAUUCCCUGAAAGCGAACACGCUUUUUGGAAAAAAUAAUUGCUGAAAUUGUAGGCUCUUGAUUUUGACCUCGUUGAUAAACGUUUUUGUACAUAUUCAUCAAAUACUAUGUUUAUGGAAGAUAUCUAGACUGGAAAUCGUAAUGAGGAAACUGCAAGUAAUUGUUAUUACCCGUGAUCUUUUGGCCGUUCAAUAUUGGAGAAAACGGAGAACACUUCAAGUAAAAAUUAAUUGUUCAAUUAUUACCGCAGUUGAAUUCAUUGAAAAAUGUAUAUCAUUCUCGGACAAUGGUGAGCGAAUUCUUCUGGAACAGUAAUAAAGAUCCAAAACGAAAUCAUUUCUCUCACUGUAAACUGAAGAAAUUAAAUCGCCAAUUUUCCUCUUAAUACAAAAAAAAAAGGUUUCGAUCGAACUUAUUUUCAAAUCAAUUUUAUCAUCCGUUAUAUAAUUAUGAUUUACCCGAAUUUUCAGAAUCCCCGAGCAGAAGCUUGACCGAUACAUUUUGGGGCUCUAAGGCAGCAGCUGUCACCGAAAUCACAGUUCCAAGAGAAAUAGUACCAAAGGGGGUCAAAACGACCCCGAAUUCCAAGGGGCACAUUUUUGGCUCGCCGGGCAUCGAUCUGUCUUUGAAAAAAUUCGCUUUUCAAAAUCAUUCGAAUUAUUGGCCAAAUUUCAAUUGAUAUUUUCGACAAAUGUUCGAAUAAACAAAGGAACGUUGAAACUCGAAAAUAUUUUUGUACCAGAAAAUUUUUCCGUCACUCCUUCGAUGCAUAGCUUGUCACGGUCAGCUUUACCGUGCUCCCAUAUCGUAUUCAAUAUGGCACGGUGAAGAG